AAUAGUUCUCGCGUUGCUUGUCUUGAGCGAUCGGUCGAAACCACUUUUCACAAAAUUGGGUGACGGUCUUUUGGCUACGUUGACGGAAUAUGGCGUUCACAUUCGCGGCCUUUUGUUAUAUGUUGGCGUUGCUACUUACAGCAGCUCUCAUUUUCUUCGCCAUUUGGCACAUUAUAGCAUUUGAUGAACUGAAGACAGACUACAAGAAUCCAAUAGAUCAAUGUAAUACGUUGAAUCCGACAGUUGAAAAGGUCAAAAAGAUUAAAAGAGUCAAAAUUGCGUUAAAGCUGGUUCUCCCAGAGUACCUCAUCCACGUCUUCUUCUGUAUAAUGUUCCUCUGUGCAGCUGAAUGGCUCACCCUGGGGCUGAAUAUGCCUUUGCUGGCAUACCAUGUCUGGAGAUACAUGAGUCGACCAGUGAUGAGCGGUCCAGGGCUUUAUGAUCCAACCACAAUAAUGAAUGCUGAUAUCCUUGCCUACUGCCAGAAAGAAGGCUGGUGCAAACUUGCUUUCUACCUGCUGUCUUUUUUCUAUUAUCUCUAUGGGAUGAUCUAUGUACUUGUGAGCUCCUAAGUAGAAGUGUCUGCCGCCAGAAGGGGAGAAGAAGGACAGAAAUGCAUGCAGGACACAAGCUUGUUUUAUUUAUUUGGGGGGAACAAAGGCAUCUUAUCAGUAACACAAUGCAACCCAUAGGAUGUUCAGUACUUAAUACAUUUUAACCUUUUCAAAGAACACUUUGUGCCAGUUAUCCACUGUUUUGCAUAACAAAUAAUGCAGCUAAGCAUUUUGUAUGUAAUUGGAAAUUGAAUACAUUCAUCUGUUUCUUAAAUGUUUCACUUUCCACUUUUCUCCAGUGGUAUUGGCAGUAUUGCUGAGUUGACCAGUCUCUCACCCCAAAUUUAUCAAGUCGAAUUAUGAGAGGUAGAGUUAAUUAAAACAUUUCCAGAAUGUUAUAAACUUAUGCUUGUUUUUUUCUUCUUCAGAAGUAAUUUUUUUUUGAGUAUCAGUUUCUCUUGUAUUUGCUGUUGAAUUAAUAUGGACAUCUAAGUUUAAACAAUGUCAUAUCUAUAAUACAGCCUUUGAAAAUUGGGCAAAAAUGCAGUCUGCCUCAUGCUUAAUGUAGAUAAGUCGUAUUUAUUUAAUAUGAUGAAAUCUGUGACAUUUAAAAAUGGAAUUAUAGGUUGAAAUUUCAAUAAACUCUACCCCGAAUUUGCUUA